AAAAAAACAAAAAGAGGAAAAAGGAAAAGAGGGGGAAAAAAAGGAGAGAGAGAGAGAGAGAGAGAGAGAGAAAAAAUCCCAGAGAGAAAAUAAUCGUCCAUCAUUUCGCUCGACGAUCGCUCCAACAAUAAGAGAGUAAUAUUUUUAUUGAUCAAAUAAAAAUACUAAAGGAUUGAAAGUAUAAUAAUAAGAAGAAGAAGAAAAGGAAGAGAAAGAGAAGAAGGAGGAGGAGGAGGAGGAGGAGGAGGAGAAAUUCGAUGAUAACGAUUGUCCAUUGAAAUGACUUAAAGUUAAUCCCAAGUGAUAAAAGUUUAUAACGGUAGAUGGACAAUGACAAGGCGUACGUGAUCGACGAAAAAAAAAAAAAAGAAAAAAGAAAAGAAAAGAAAAGAAAAAAUAAUCAUUCGUUCGAUUUAAUUAAUCGUUUGAUUUAAUUAAUCGUUUAAUUAAUACCGAUUAUUAUGAUCGUCAAGAAUCGUCGUAGAAGAUUGAAAAACUUUGCCGUUUUGUUCGCGUUUAGAAGUCCAAUGGACGGAUCCAAAUUAGCGUCCUAACCGAACAGCUGUUAUAUCCGGAGAAGGAGGAGGAGGAGGAGGAGGAGGAGGAGGAGGAGGAGUAGGAGGAGGAAGUGGUGGUGAAGAAGGAGGAGAAGGAGGAAGAGAGGAAGUCGUGAUAUCUGGGAAGAGACUUAGGAUGGGCUGCAGAUCGGCCGUUAAGUUCACCGCGGAGGAAGGGUGCGAUCGAGGGCAACUCGAGACGACCACCUCGUCGUCGGUGAGGUGCACCGAGGUCAACGACCUCUUCACCGAGGCUAAACGCCUAUUGCUGCUGCUAAAGCAGUUUGGCGAGAAGCGUGCCGGUGAAGAAGAAGAAGAAGAAGAAGAAGACGAAGAAGAAGAAGAAGAAGAAGAAGAAGAAGAAGACGAAGACGAAGAAGAAGACGAAGACGAAGAAGAGGAAAUAGUAAGAACUAGAAGAAGACCGAUCGAAGAUAAAGAUAAAGAUAAAGAAGAUACGAGUCGGUGGUCGGUGGAAUAUAAAAAUUCUAUUAAACCUUACGUCCUUUACGAUAAUCGAAUAAUUAAUAGCCAGAAGGAAUUAUCCUCUGGAGGAAGAUAGCUGUAAAAUUAUA